CACUUGGGAUCCCCCAUGACGUCACCAUUUGGGGUCUCCCCCCCCCCAGCCUUCUGUCUCUCCGUGGCCCCCCCGGAUUUCGCCGCCUAUUUUUACCCCAACGUCAGCAGCGGCGGCGUUUCGUGCCUCACCAACUGCAGCGCCGAGGCUGCAGGGAGCAUCGAGUGCCGCUGGGGGCAGUGCAGAGUCACACGGAGCGGCCCGCAGUGCAUCUGCACCGAGCCGGAGCUGUACUGGUAUACGGGGGAUCGCUGCGCUAAUAGGGUCAGCAAAAUGGCGGUGGGUUUGGGGUCGGCUGUGGCCAUUUUGGGGUUGGCCACCAUCGUCCUCCUCGUCUUCGUCAUCCGGGCCAGGAGAGCGGCCAGGUGGGGCCCUUAUGGGGUCCUUAUGGGGUCCUUAUGGG